GGGCGGUCGAAUCGACUUUGACAAGACCGGUUCAGUCUGCAAAAUUAUACGCUUCUCUCUCUUCACAGUUCCACACAGAGAAAAAACACUCGCAUCCUCUCCCCCUUGCGGCCGCGCGUGCUCUUCACAUUCUGUCGCCGUCUCUUGUGCUGCUUCCAAACCCAUAGAUAGAGGUUGGAGGAAGUUAAAAGAUGCCUCCUUAUGAUUGCAUGCUUCUAUUCAAGCCAAAUGUGAAAAAAGAAGCCCUUAUCAGUUUAGUUGCGAGGAUCGGAAAACAUGUGUGUAAAAGAAAUGGGGUUGUCACCGAGGUUAAGAGUUUCGGAACGGUUCAGUUGGGAUAUGGCGUGAAAAAGCGUGAUGGCAGAUUUUACCAGGGCCAAAUGAUGCAAGUAAGCAUGAUGGCUACUCCCGAAAUCAACAAAGAGCUGCAUUACCUAAAUAAGGAAGAUAAACUACUGCGCUGGCUUCUGGUUAAGCAGCGUGACACAAAGUUUGGGCUUGAGUUCAUGAGCGAUGAAGGUGGAUUGGAGCCAAGCAAAUUCUCUCAAAUAAAUAAACUUGAUGAUGAGGAUGAUGAUGAGAAUGAAGAUGAUGAAGAAUAUGAAGUGAACGAAGAAGAAACAAAGUGAACUAAAACCAUUCUGCCUCGUAUUUUGUUUGUUUCCAUUAGGAGAGGAUAAAACCAUUCUGCGUUGUAUUCGUAGGUGCCAAACAUAUGCUUAUUGAUAGUACUAUGCUACAUGACAAUCAGACAUGAUUGGUGGCCUUCAAGAUGUUGAUUAGUAAACUGCAUGUUGUCUCUUGAUUUAAUGUGGUCUUUGAACACUUUUGCACUUGA